CCGUGUGGCUACGUCACCGACGGACGCAACAUAUCGGAUUUCGACACGUCAUACGUCACGGACAUGCGUGAACUCUUCAAGGACAAGGAGGGUUUCAAUCAAGAUCUCUCGAGAUGGAACACGUCCGCGGUGACGAGCAUGGCGGGAAUGUUUUACAACGCGAGGGCCUUCAAUGGAGCGAUCGGGUCGUGGGACGUUUCGAGCGUGACGGACAUGUCUAACAUGUUUUACGAUUAUUAUUCUUGGGACAGUAGAUUCAAUCAACCGAUCGGGUCGUGGGACGUUUCGAACGUGAAGGACAUGUCUUACAUGUUCCGCGGCGCGUACUCGUUCAACCAAGACUUGAACAACUGGAACGUGAGCGCGGUGACGAACUUCGCGUACAUGUUUCGUUACGCUCGCCAGUUCAACGGUGAUAUCACGAGUUGGGACGUCCGGGGAACGGCGACGCGAACAUGCGAUGAGUGGGGCAAUUGCUACAGCUCGUCUUCAAUGUCCGAAAUGUUCGCGUACGCGUAUGCGUUUAACCGUGACAUUCGAUCUUGGGACGUAUCCUCCGACGUGUACACGUAUGCGAUGUUUCGCGAUACGCGUUUCGUGCAGAGUUUCAAGUGUCCGAACGACCGGGACGGCCCGCCGUCGGCGUGUUACGUCACGCCGUUCUCCUCCUCCGUCGCCCUGGAGCAAGCCGUGGACGCGUGCUUCGAAGAGGCGUUCGACGGAUCUUGUCAAUGUCUGGACAAGUGCGGCGAGGCGGGACUGCCAAUCUCGUCGUGGAACACCACGGGCUUGCUCAACAUGCACGAUUUGUUCGCCGAUCGCGAGUUCUUCAACGAAGACUUGAGCAAAUGGGACACCUCGCGAGCGAUUCGCAUGGACGACAUGUUUCGAAACGCCAAGGCGUUCAAUCGCGACAUCUCCUCCUGGGUCGUCGAUAACGUCCGCGACAUGUCCAACAUGUUCAACGGCGCGACGACGUUUAGUCGUAACCUCACGAGUUGGCGCAUCGCGAGCGGGGCAAAUCUCACCGACAUGUUCAAGGGCGCGACGGCGCACAACGCGCGAUUUACGUGUGACGACGCGGACGACGGUCCGCCGAGCUCGUGCGCGGCGACGGCGUACCCAUCCAGUCUGGCGCAUCGUUUCGACUUUUCCGAAACGGUGGAAACGUCGGGCGACGUCGUGACCUCAUUCGCGGACGCGACGGGCAAAGCGACGGACGUACAAGUCGUCGGGUCACCGACGUACGCGCGACACGUCCAGGCUGGAUUGAACGCCAUCAACUUCACCGCGAAUGGGCAGUACCUGCAGUUUACCGCCGACGGAGGCUCGGAACCCGAGGUUUUCAUCGUCUAUCGCGUCUUGGCGUACGCAGAGCUAGGUGUGAUCUUCACCCACGCGACAGGCUCGACUGGGAGCUAUGGUUUUGGGACGUCUCAGAUGGGCGCGGCGAAUAAGAUUGGUCUCAGCGCGUCGGACGGCUCGGCUUUCGCGAGCGUCAACGCGUCGUACGACGCGUGGCACGUCGCCGACGUGUACUUUGGCUCGAGCGACGGUUUCGUCGACGUCGACAACGGCACGAGUGCGGUGGAUUUCCAAACGAGCGGCAAGUACACGGCGAAUACGUUGACGAAUGUCAUGAUUGGCGGCGCCGCGUUCGACGGUCACCACGUCCCGAAUCUCAUCGGCGAGGUUUUGGUUUUCAACGCCAAAUUAUCCGACGCCGACCGCGCGCGCGUGCGCGCGGCGCUCAUGUCCAAGUGGGACGUCCCCACACCCGAUCGACGAUGGCGAUACGUCCAAAAGGCGAAGAUGACGGCGUCUGAUCCCGGAUCGAGCGAUUAUUUUGGCCAAUCCGUGAGCGUGUCGGGCGACACGGUUGUCGUCGGUGUCCCGAACGAGGACCACAAUAGUACCUCUGAUUAUAACUAUGGGAGCGCGUACGUGUUCACGCGCGCCUCCGACGGGACAUGGACGCAGCAGGCCAAGCUCACGGCGUCCGAUCCUGGCUCGAGCGAUUACUUUGGCUCCUCCGUGA